AGCGACGUAAUAACUGACCGCUAACAUGCAUGUCCUCCUCAGACUGUCCGAUGACCUAUUUUUGUUAUGAAAUUGUAGGUUAUGAGAAGUAAAUGCGAUCAGUGCCGAGACUGACGAGUGUGCGCUGCGCAGUUGUUGUGUGCAGGGGCGCCGUGAAAGUUAGGACAAUUCCAAGGGCCCUUGCCUGACAGGGGCCCCCCAAAAUAGGAGAGAGCCUCAGCUGGCGGAGAUGAGCUGCACCUUCCAGCUGCUGUCUGCCCGCAGUGACCUCUGCCAUGUCCGCUGCUGGCUCCUGUUGUCUCGACAGUCCCUGCAGCUUCGAGCGCUCAGCUCUGGCCCUCAGAUCAGCCGCAGCCUGCGUGAGAGCUACAGGCUGCUGCAGCUGCAGGAUGAGACGCACAGCAGCCCCGCGCAGGUCAGAGAGGCCUACCUGCGCCUGGCCAAGCUCUACCAUCCUGACUCCGGGGCCCCGACCGCAGACGCAGUCCUCUUUGCUCGGGUUGAGGAGGCCUACCGCGCUGUUCUGGCACAUCAGAGCCACACCAAGAAACAUGACGUGGUGAAGGAAGAGGAAGAUGACGAUAAGUCAAAGGGCAUGGCACCUCAGCACAGACACUACCUCAGCUAUGAGGGUGUGGGAUCAGGCACACCCAGCCAGCGUGAACGUCAUUACCGGCAGUUUCGCGUAGACCGGGCAGCCGAGCAGGUUUUAGACUACCGGCAGAAGGAGCAUGAGAGGGCUGCUGCUGCAGAGGGUGCACUAGUGGAACGGGACAUGCGGCAGCGCAGUCGAAACAUUAAGAUCACCCAGGCUGUGGAGAGGCUGGUGGAGGACCUGAUCCAGGAGUCCAUGGCCCGCGGAGACUUCAGGAACCUUAGUGGAGCUGGAAAGCCCCUCAACAAGUUUGAGCACAAUCCAUAUGCUGAUCCUAUGACCCACAACCUCAACCGCAUCCUCAUAGACAACGGCUACCAGCCACCCUGGAUCAUCACGCAGCGGGACAUCCGAGAGGCCAGAACUCGGAUCCGCACCCGACUGCUGGAGGAAAGGAGCAGGCUGGGUGACCCCAUGACCUCCAUGGAGAAAAGACAGUGGGAGCAGCUCUGUGGAUCUGUAGAGGAGGAACUGGUGAAACUUAACAAGAUGGUGGACAAUUUUAACCUCAUCGUCCCGAUGCUCAGCAUGCAAAUGGUUCACUUCAGUUUGGCCCGGGAGAUUGAGCGUGCUGAGAGAGGAGCCUGCCAGCACAGAGCGGACCAAGAGAAGGAGAGACAGAAGGAGAGAGAGAGGAGGAAGGAGGAGAAGAAAAGAGCCAAUGCCGCGCCGAGGUCCAAAGACACUAAACAAGGCCUGAUGUCCUGGAUGCAAAAUUUUCUCAGAUGAAAACACCAUUGCUCUGCAUCCGAGCCGUUUCAAAUCACUGUUUUAUUUAUUUUUCAUGACCACCAAUAAUCACAAUCCAAUCAGACAGACUUGCAAACCUGUGCUUAAUUGUAUUCAUAAAUCCAGUCUGAAUCUGAGUGCUGCCACUAAACCUCUUUAACUGUA